AUUUAUAGUACAAGGCCAACAAAGCAAAAGCGGUCUUUCUCACUACUCAUUUGUCCACAUUCAUAAUUUUUUUCCUUGUAAAUUUCUUUUUUUUUUUCCGGUUCACAAAAGUUUGUGAAGCUGGUGGAAUUAUGCAGAACCUUUAUCAUCCCCUCCAUUUACAAAAACCUCUAUUAUCUUCUCCCACCACAAACCAAUUUCAAAAUAUAAAAUAUUUCUGUAAAACCCCGCAUUUUAGGGUUUCGUGUUCUUCAUCGUCGUCAUCAUCAUCUACAUCGGUAAAAGAUGGAGAAUUGGUGGCUAGAUCUCAAUACAAACCCACUUGGCUAGAUGAUUUUUUUCUCAAUUCAUUUAGGAAGAAAUUAGUUGAGGAGGUUGGAUGGGAAUCAAAGAAAGAAGGUUAUGAUGGCAUGAUGGAACUUGUAAAUGGACUCAUGAUUGGUAGAACUACUCGCCAGACUAAUCAAGCCGCGGUUCGGAUACUGAGGUCUCUAUUUCCUCCUUUUCUGUUGGAACUUUAUCGCAUGCUUAUAACCCCAAUUGGAGGCGGUAGAGUCGCUGCUAUGAUGGUCGCUAGGGUAACAGUAUUCACAUGUCAAUGGCUCAUGGGAUCAUGCUCAAUCAACUCUAUUGAUCUUCCUGACGGAUCUUCAUGCCAAAGUGGGGUUUUGGUAGAGAGAUGCAAGUACUUGGAAGAAAGCAAAUGUGUAGGAAUUUGUGUUAAUACUUGUAAAAUUCCAACUCAGACUUUCUUUAAGAAUCAUAUGGGAAUUCCCCUUCUUAUGGAACCUAACUUUACUGAUUAUAGUUGUCAGUUUAAAUUUGGGAUCGCUCCUCCUCUACCUGAGAAUGACAGUGCCUUAAAAGAGCCAUGUUUGGAUUGUUGUCCAUACGCUUCUCGCGGAAGGUCGGAAAGUCUUACAAGAAUGUUAAAUGCCAAACAAUGCCCAAGGUCAUGAGACUGUAAUCAUGUGAUAUACUAGUCAUCUUGUGAUCCUAAGCACUCUUCUUUCUUUUUAUAUCAUUGUAUGUUAUAUGUUUUUAACCUUUGACAUAGAGAUUGUAGUUUGUACAACUAAGUUAUAUCAUACUUUCAAUUUUUUGAUUUGUUA